AUGCCUCAAUCCAGGGGAAACGAUGCUUCGUCAAAGGGCCCCCAUGUCGAGAUGCUCGACGACCCAAUCAAGCCGAGUCCAGCCGCCCACGCUGAUAUCGAGGACCGACCACUGAAGGAGCGCCGAUUGGUACGCAAGAUCGAUAUUCGAAUCGCCUCAACCGGCGCUGUUCACAAUUUCACUGGCGCGGUCAUCCUUCGGUUUCUUCUGGGAUUCGUCGAAGCCCCCUUCUUCCCUGGAGCACUUUACCUGUUCAGUUCAUGGUAUACCAAGAAAGAACUGGCUGUGCGUAUCUCAGUGCUAUAUGCCGCGGGCCAAAUGGCUGGUGCAUUUGGAGGAUUACUUGGCAGCGCUAUCAUGGGUGGCAUGAACGGCAAGCUCGGCUUACCGGAUUGGAGAUGGCUCUUUAUCAUUGAAGGUGCCAUACCUAUCCCGGUUGCCUUUGUCACAUACUUCGUUCUUCCCGAUUAUCCCGCGACCACCAAGUGGCUCUCUGAUGGAGAAAGGAAGCUUGCUAUUCUGAGAAUCACCGAAGAGGCAGUCGAGGAAGACAACCGCAGCGAAGCAUCAGCAUGGCAGGGCCUCAAGAUGACCUUCACGGAUCCAGCACUGUACAUGUUCUGGCUCAUGCAACUUGGUCUCAACACGGCGGCAUCCUUCACAAACUUCUUCCCCACCAUUGUCGCAACGCUUGGGUACAACCAGCGCGAAACCCUCCUCCUAUCAUCCCCACCGUACGUCUUUGCUGCCAUCCUCGGCGUCAUCAACUCGUGGCAUAGCGACAAACACAGAGAACGAUGGCUACACAUUGUUUGGCCGCAGGUCUUUUGUAGUGUCGGUUUCAUCAUCUCCGCUACGACUCUCAACGUCGCUGCCCGUUACACGGCAACCUUCAUGAUGAUGAGCGUCUAUGGAUCAUUCGGCUGCAUUCUCUCCUGGGUCUCGACAACUCUCCCCCGACCGGCAACCAAACGAGCCGUGUCAUACGCCGUGAUAAACGCUGGCUCCAAUUUCGCUUCCAUCUACGCCAGCUACUUUUACCCGAAAUCCCAUGGCCCGCAGUAUUGGCAGGCCAACAUCAUCAACGUGGCCUUCUCAGCCAUGUGCAUCCUCCUCGCCACAACUCUUCACUUCUAUCUGAGGUGGCGCAAUACCCAGCUUCGCAAGGGGGGAGAUGCGGACCUGCUGGCGGAAAGCACGCGCGAGGGAUCACGGACAAGGGCCUUGGGCGAGCGAUGGCAAUGCCACCCUGCCUACCAGUACACUCUUUAG